CUGAGAAGAUGGAAGAGUAUCAUGUUCGAUUAGGGUUAUUGGUUCAUAAACCGAUUCAUCAAGCUUCAGAAGAUCAUCAUGAACGUCAAAUGAAUGGAGAAGAUGAAGAAGUUGAAGUGGAUUCAGAUGAGAUUGAAAUGAUGAUGAUGGUAGAUAAGAUUUUGGAUUUAGCUACUAGUUUUGUUAAGAUUUUUAAAACUCUUGAAAAUGGAAAUGGAAAUCGGAAUCGAAAUCUUAAUUUUCAAAGUUCAGAAGACCAAACUCGUGAAUUGAUGGAUACAAGUUCAAACAACAAAGAUAAACGAACAAAUCAUCAACUUAAUUCUGGGGUGACUAAACCUGCUGUAAGUAAAGAACCAAAUGUGAAGAAGAUCCAAAAGAAAAAAGAUUCUAUCAAGUUGACUUUAGAUAAGAAAUCAAGAUGAUCAACCUUUACAGAAUUCUUUUCUUUUGUAUUUUCAUCUUCUUUGGAUCUUUUCUUUUUUUUUUCAUCAUCACUAGGUUAGACAAUACAUGGACAUUUUUGAAACCAAACUGAUACUGUGUUGAUAGCUUUCAGUUUGUAGUCUGUUUGACUUUUUUCUUCUUCUUCUUCUGCUUCUUGAUGAUCAAUUCACAAUCAAUUUGACAAUGAACACAUCAAUUCAGAGUAGAUUUAAAGGAAACUGACAACUUUCAUUUGUAUUAUAUGACGAUUUUUUCAUGAUUUUGAUAAUCUACAAAUCCCAUUUUAUUUUCACAUAC